AUGAAGGAGGAGAUUGCUGCUGCUGUCUUUUUUGUGGCUCGGCUGGUGAAGAGAUAUGGCUGUCUGGAUAAUGACAGCAGGGAGCGAUUUGCUGCCGCCCUCACCUCUGUUCUGUUUGAGAGCUACAAGAACCACUGGUACCCAAACGUACCCACCAAGGGACAGGCCUACAGGUGUCUGCGUAUGAACCGAGUCCAGCUGCAGGACCCGGUGCUGCAGCAGGCCUGCGAGCGCAGUGAAGUGUCAUACGAAGAUCUGGGCCUUCCCCGGGAGGUGACGGUGUGGGUCGACCCUGGAGAGGUGUCCUGCAGGUACGGUGAACACAGCACUCCGUUCUGUGUCUCCGUGGUGGACAGUUGUCGGCGUGGUGAUGGGGAAUUUUCCCGCCGCAUCCAUGAUGCCGUGGAGCGGGCGAGCCUUGACAUCCAAUCAGGAAGCUCUUCAGAUGAGGAGGAUGGGGGUGGAGACAACAGCAUGAGCAGUGGCAACGUUGGCCCAUCAGCUGUCUGCCCUGCUCCGGUCCUACCCACCAACCCUGAACCCAAAACCAUCCCAACUGUCAGCAACCCCAACAGCGUAUACCGGUUUGUUGAGUUUUCUUCCGGGGCCCCUCAGACCUGGCUGUGGGAGAAGCGGAAGGCCUUUGCUGGGGACACAUUCCCACCACACGCUCCUCCAGCUGGAGGUCCGACCUCCCAGUUCUCCGGCCAAAAAGGCUUCAAGUCCCACAGAGCAACAUUUACCUUCAGUGGGCCUCGUGUUGACAAGUACCACUGGAUCAGCAAAUCCCGAUCCUAGAGCGAGCCGUGCCUUCAACCUAGAACCAGAAUCGGGUUGCUGCUCAGGACUGGAGCCGUGAUGCUGGAUCAAAGCACCAUGUGAAGAGAAAAGUGUCAGGAUAGUUGAUGUAUCUUUAAAG